AUGGAGGAUGUAAUGCAGGCUAUGAAAGGGAAAGGUCCUGCCGCCGUAGAUGACCUGUCUUUGGAACAGUUGGUGACUCUGUCUCUUGCACAAGAUGGCCUUGAGUCAUGUAAUCUCAUUGUCGGUGUUGAUUUCACCGGAAGUAACCAAUGGAAAGGUAAAGUCUCAUUCGACGGAAGAUGUUUACAUGACAUUGGGGAUGGUUUAAAUCCCUAUGAACAAUCUAUAUCUAUUAUUGGGAAAACCUUAGCAGACUUUGCUGAUGAUAACUUUAUUCCCUGUUUUGGAUUUGGGGAUGCAUCGACAAAAGAUCAAGACGUCUUCAGUUUCUAUCCAGAUGAGGGAUUUUGUAAUGGAUUUGAGGAAGUGUUAAGCCGGUACAGGGAAAUCGUCCCUCAACUAAGACUUUCAGGACCAACAUCAUUUGCACCCAUCAUUGAAAUGGCCAUGACUGUUGUAGAGCAGAGUGGUUUCAAGUACCACGUUUUAUUGCUAAUUGCAGAUGGAGAGGUAACUGCUGGUAAGCAUGGUCAGUUAAGCCCACAGGAACAGAGAACUGUUGAAGCAAUUGUGGAAGCAAGCAAGUUCCCAUUGUCUAUUAUCUUAGUUGGGGUUGGAGAUGGGCCCUGGGACAAGAUGAGGGAAUUUCGUGAUAACAUCCCUGGCCGUGCCUUUGAUAAUUUCCAGUUUGUGAAUUUUACGGAAAUCUUGUCAAAGAAGUUGGCCCAGUCCCAGAAAGAGACAGAGUUUGCUCGUGCAGUAUUGACGGAUAUUCCUUCUCAAUACAAAGAAACCAUAAAGCUCAAUAAUUUAGGUGGUCGGAAAGGAAAUGCUCCUAGGAGGGUUGCCCUACCUCCUCCUGUGCGUGCUCCAAAUCACCCUUAG